AUGGACAAAACUAGAGAAAAUUAUGCGGAGCAAACUCCAUUCAUCUUACAAAGAUCAAUAUUUAACAUCACCAGUGUUCAAAGGAAAAACGCAGAAGAAGAAAUGUGGUUUAUACACCACUGCAAGACAUCCCCGAGGAGAAGCCGCACGGUUAUUGGCCAACCGUCUCCGAAGAACAAGCGUCCAAAGGAGCCUGGAGAGAACAAAAUCAAGCCUUCCAACAAAAAGGUGAAACCCAAAGUCCCUAAAACAAAGGACAGAGACUCACCUGACUCUCUGCAGUCUAUCAUGGUGCACGUGCUGGAUACUGGGCGCUUCCAGAAGCCUGCUGCCACCCUGAGCCUGACGGCCGGACAAACUGUAGAGCUUCGCUGUAAAGGGAGUAAAAUUGGAUGGAGCUAUCCUGCCUCUCUUGACACCUUUAAGGACUCUCGUCUCAGUGUGAGGCAGCAUGAGCGCUAUGGCCAGCUGGCCCUGGUCAACUCCACUGCGGCCGACACCGGCGAGUUCAGCUGCUGGGGACAGCUCUGCAACGGCUCCAUCUGCAGGAAGGACGAGGCCCAAACAGGCUCCACCUACAUCUUCUUCACAGAGAAAGGAGAGCUCUUUGUACCUUCUCCCAGUUACUUUGAGGUCGUCUACUUGAACGCCGACAGACAGGCUGUGGUUCCUUGCCGAGUGACUGUCCUGUCAGCCAAAGUCACCCUCCACAGUGAGUUCCCGGCCAAGGAAAUCGCAGCCAAUGGAAAGGACAUUAUGUACGAUGUGAAGAGAGGCUUUGUGUAUCUGCAGCCCCACUUCGACCACCAGGGGGUGGUCUACUGCAAGGCUGAGGCUGGGGGCAAGUCGCAGAUCUCCAUCAAGUACCAGCUGCUGUAUGUCGAAGUUCCCAGCGGCCCACCAUCAACAACCAUCUCGGCGUCCUUGGACAAGGUGAAAGGUGGGGAGGACAUCAGUGUCCGCUGCACGGUCCUCGGGGAGCCUGACGUGGACGUGGAAUUCCGGUGGCUCUAUCCAGGGCAGGAGGGUGAACGGCCGGUGACGAUCCAAGACACUUGGAGGCUGAUCCACAGAGGACUGGGACACACCACAAGGCUCUCCCAGAGCGUCAUUACCGUGGAAGACUUUGAGACCAUCGAUGCCGGGUACUACAUCUGUAUGGCUCAGAACCUCCGAGGGCAGACCACAGUUGCUACCCUGGUUGAGUCUUCCUGACUUGAAAACAAAGUAGAGGGCGCUGGUGGAAGGCCCCUACACAUAAGCCAUCAGUCCUACGGCUCCUCUGGCCUGGGGUUAGCCGGAGGCUGACGUCAAGUGCCAAUCCCCACCCUUUGCCUUAUGCUCAGACCUAGAGUGCCAACAGUAGAGGGCGUCCUCUGGUUUAAUAGCAGAACUAUUUUUAACAGAAAGCAUGUCUUUUGAUUGCUUGCCUAUGUACCUGUGUCUCCAGUGUUUGCCCCAAGAAAGCACAUAUGUAAACAAUUUUAUAUAACCAAUUCUAUUAAAU